UCGCAGCGUGCGUGUCGACGCGCCGCUCCCGGUCUCUCGCGCGCCAAAUAUCGGCGAUUCCGCCGCUUCGUUUUUUCGUCGAUCAUCGACGGCGAGUCGUCUCGGCCGCGAGACGAUUUCAUCGCGCGUUGGUAUCGAGUGAAAAUUUUGCCGCGCAAUUCUCGUUCGAUUUUCCGAGUGCAAUCGCCUGUGGAUUACGCGCGGCAGCUGCAGCGGACGGCGAGGACGAAACAGAACUCUGCUUAUGGGACCAUUAAGCUGAGAGAUAAUCCGUUCUAGAGGCUAGAAGUAUCUCUCGAUUCUCGCGUGGCUGUAGAAAGGAAGACGACGAAGAAGCAUCGAAGAUGUAGCGGAUUCGCGUGCGAACGAUGGACGUACCCGGUGCGAAGGCCACGUCCUGGUGGCGAAAGGAUCACUGAGUGAGCCGCCGACAGAGGAUGCACAAGCAUACCAACCAGCUUCGCGGUCCAGGUGGCCAUAAUGGUGGCUAUCACGGCGCUAACAGGGGCCCCGUGAGAAGAUGGAACAGCUUUCAUGGUGGUGGUGGCGGCGGUGGUAAUGGUGGUACGGGUAAUUUCAACGAUGGCGUUGGGAACGGCGGCACGAAGGCCUGUCAGGAACCCUUCAGGGCCGUGCCUAAGGCCGUACAAGCCCUCAGGAGCGAGUCGGUUGACAGGACUCAUCGAGCUCAGCCGCCGCCGCCACCCGCGUUUCCCAGGAGGCGAUUUUCCGUGUGCUUCGGGAAGCGGACGGGUGGCAGUGCCAGGCGACCCAACGAAUGUUUCGUCCUCGAGCCCUCCGAGAUGAUUGUCAUCGACUAUCCGGAAGUUCAUGGAGGAGGAAGGAUGCAUCGACCACCGCACUCGCAUCCUAUAACCGACCAUCGUCAGGUCAACCUGGUCUUUGAUGAUACGUUUUCACAAGGCCUGACAGGCAGGCCAGAGUUGUACCAGAAAUCAAACAGAAGCAGUCAUUCGAGUGACACUAGUUCGGCAUACAGUGGAUCUGACACAAUGACAUCUGUACAAAGUUCAUUAGACGCGGAUCCCGACGAGGUGGAUCUCUCGGGUCUCGUAGAGUCUAUUGUGGACAGUGAUGAGGAGGAAGAUCUUGCGGAAAGUAUGGAUAGUUUAACAGUGCGCGAUCCUGUACGAGAAUGUUUAGAGAAAGAUCCUGUUGAGAGAACGGAGGAUGACAUAGAGACGCUUCUGGAAUUCACGCAACAGCUGAAAGCUUUCACAAAUAUGACUUUGGCGGUUAGAAGAGCGUUGUGCGCUGUAAUGGUAUUUGCAGUAGUUGAUCGGGCCGGUAUGGUGGUUUUGAACGAUGGCGAAGAGCUCGAUAGUUGGAGCGUGUUGAUUAACGGUGCUGUCGAGAUUGAGCACAGCAAUGGUGAAAUUGAACAGCUCGGUCUUGGAGACAGCUUUGGUAUCUUGCCUACUAUGGAGAGGCUAUUACAUCGAGGAGUCAUGAGAACAAAAUGUGACGAUUGCCAAUUUGUUUGCGUCACACAAGCAGAUUAUUUUCGAAUUCAACAUCAAGGUGAAGAGAAUACGAGGAGGCACGAAGAAAAUGGAAGGGUAAUUCUAGUAACAGAGUUACGAGGAGCUUUGGACGGCGCCGCGCGAAGAGGUCACGUGGUGAUACGGGGAACGCCGGAACGUUUAAUGUUACAGCUCAUCGAAGAAAACAGUAUUACAGAUCCUACUUAUGUGGAAGACUUCUUGUUGACUCAUCGAACGUUUAUCGAUGGUCCGUUAUUGGUUGCAAGCCAAUUGUUGGAAUGGUUCGAUCAAGCACAAGUGCGAGAUCGUGUUGCCCGCGUCGUACUCUUAUGGGUGAAUAAUCAUUUUACUGAUUUCGAGACUGAUCCGGCGAUGAUGGAAUUUUUAGAAGCAUUCGAAACCGGAUUGGAAAGAGAAAAAAUGCUAGGACAACAAAGAUUAUUAAAUAUUGCAUGUGCGGCGAAAGCGAGAACGCGAAAUGUAACACUAGCUCGACCAAACAGAGACGAGGUCCUAAAUUUUAGCAUCUUAGGAGGAUUUGAGAGAGGUUUCGGUAUAUUUAUUUCAAAAGUUGACAAGAGAUCUAAGGCUGAGGAUGUUGGUUUAAAAAGGGGUGACCAAAUCUUAGAAGUAAACGGUCAAAGUUUCGAGCAUGUGAAUCACGCGAAAGCGCUUGAUAUCCUGAGAGCUUCCACGCACCUCAGUAUAACUGUAAAAUCUAAUUUACUUGCUUUCAAAGAAAUGCUUCAGAUGCCAGAUAACUCUCCGCGACCCCGAGGUAGAACAAAUAAACCGGAAAUACCCAGGCUUCAAUCGGAUCCACGUGCUAGAUUAUCGACACAUGUAGAUCCUAUGACUGCUGUGAAUCCUUUAAAUCCCAUGAUUGGUGGAGUACCAUUAUUAAUUCCCGAUAAUAAUGUAUCGCCAUGUAAAGAUGCCAAAAAAGAGCACAAGGGAUUUAUGACUCUUGGACCCAAGCGACGAUUACAAAAAGCACUUAUGAAAAUGAACAUACUGCCAAAGAACACAAUCAACGACGGUGUACACAUGGACGAUCCUCUUGCACCACCACAUACGCCACCGGGAACAGGGCUUUCGCAAACGACCACUAAUUUGUAUCACUCAAAGAGUAAUCCAGACCUUACGUCGCUUUAUUGUUACGAUGAUUUAAGAGCAAACGAUUAUCCUGAACACGUGCUCAAGGUAUAUAAAGCAGAUCAAACCUGCAAGUAUCUUCUUAUCCACAAAGAAACGACGGCACAUGAGGUGGUAAUGCUUGCACUUCAAGAAUUUGGCAUAACGGAAAGCAGUUCAAACUUUUCUCUGGCAGAAGUGAGCGUUGGCGAAGGUGGCAUGAUCAAGCAACGUAGAUUGCCAGAUCAAUUGCAAAAUCUCGCGGAAAGAAUCGGAUUGAGUUCCCGAUAUUAUUUAAAAACUAACGGAAUUUCCGAAACUUUAGUAGCUGACGAUCAAGCACCAGAACUCAUUCGAGAAUCUCAGGUUCAUUUCCUGCAACUGAAUGCUGUGGAAGUGGCGAUACAAUUGACUCUACAGGAUUUUAGUAUAUUUAGACAAAUCGAAUCCACAGAAUAUGUGGAUGAUUUGUUUGAAUUGAAGAGCAGGUACGGUGUACCUAUGCUCAGUCAAUUUGCAGAACUAGUCAACAGAGAAAUGUUUUGGGUUGUAACAGAAGUAUGUUCCGAGCAUAAUCUCGUACGGCGCAGUAAGAUUAUAAAACAAUUUAUCAAGAUAGCUCGUCAAUGUAAGGAGUGCAAAAAUUUCAAUUCCAUGUUCGCGAUCGUAUCCGGUUUGGGUCAUGGUGCAGUAUCAAGAUUGAGAGCUUCGUGGGAAAAACUGCCAUCAAAAUAUCAAAGAUUAUUUAGUGAUUUGCAGGAAUUAAUGGAUCCUAGCCGCAACAUGAGUAAAUAUCGGCAAUUGGUAGCGUCUGAACAAACACAACCACCGAUAAUACCUUUCUACCCAGUCGUGAAGAAGGAUUUGACUUUCAUACAUCUUGGUAAUGAUUCGAGAGUAGAAGGUUUAGUAAAUUUUGAAAAACUCAGAAUGAUUGCUAAGGAAGUGAGAACGUUGACAAACAUGUGCUCUUCUCCCUACGAUUUACUAACCAUGUUGGAAAGAGGCGGGCAACCACCGAGUUCCGCGAUGGUUGCUUUGAAUCAAAUGACCACUGGCAAUCAGGGCGGCCAAACUGCGACAGUGAAACGACGAAAAAAAUCUACAGCCGCACCAAAUCCGAAGAAAAUGUUUGAGGAAGCGCAGAUGGUCCGAAGAGUGAAGGCCUAUCUCGCAAACAUGAAAGUAAUCACGGAUGAAGAGCGACUGCAUCAACUUUCUGUCGAUUGUGAGCCGCAUGCGGGAGCGGUUGCGGUCGCCGCCGCGGUUCCGCUUAGUGGUAGUCGAGGAAGAAGGCAUCCAUCACCUACUCUAUCAACUACUAGUAGCGCUAGUAGCACUAGUGAAGGCAGGAAAAGUAUACAAGGUACAAAAUUCGGCGCUGCAUCGCCACAAGCAGUAAGGAAAAUGCUAGCCCUGUCAGAUCCUCACAAGACACGACCGUAUCAACCUAAGCACUGUCCACCGCCGCUACCUGUACCGGGUUUGGCUCUACAUUCGAGCGGUCUAGAGCCUAGUCCAGGUGCACCUAGAAGAGUAGGAUCCGGCAGCAGAGUACCGAUGCACGAGAGAUCCCACAGUGAUACACCCGCUAGUUUACCACCGCCUGUCGACCUCAGUGCGGAGAGCAGUAGCGUAACUAGCUUGAGCAAUCUUCAACCGUUGAGAAAAACUUUGACAAGCGGUUCGGUGACGAGCAGUGACAGCGGUCAUAGCACUCAGCUGGACAGCCACAGCGGGAGCAGUGUGGAAGCGGGCGGCAGCCCACCGCCACCGCAAAGACGGCACUCCGCUCUGCAAGGGUCUGUUAUAAGAGGCGGAGCGCCUCCGUUUCCUCAUGCGGUAGCGGUGUUACCUCCGCUUCCUGCCAAUCAGAAUCACAAUCACAAUCAUCAUCACCACCACCACCAUCACCAUCAUCAACAACAACAACAUUAUCACGAUCAUCUUCAUCAUCAUCAUCAUCAUCAACCUCCAACUCCUCAAGGUACUACGGGAUUAAGCAUGGGCCUAGGGAUGCCAGCCCCGCUGCCACCGCCAGGAGCGGGGACCACGACCAUAAUGACGACUAUGGGCACCAUAUCGUCGGCCAACAUGUCGUCGAUCACAACGAUGCGACCUGGCAUGAGUAGCGCGCCGCAGUGCCGUCAACCACCGGCGUACAAAGUCGCGCAACAGAUGGCGAGGUUGCACAGACUCGGUCGUGCUAACAGCCACGAGGGGGUCACUUAUCGGGCCACCGAUCACGAAGAUGAUGACGAAGACGCCCAAGUGUCGGCGGUUUAAGUGGUCCACGAAUCUCGCCGAGUUUCGGUUACCGUUUUAUUUAUAUUCGUGUCGUAUUAUAUUUUUUUACGCGAUCAAAAAUCGUUUUCAGAUAUACCACAUGCGAAAAGAGAAUACGAGAAAAGGAACGACAGGCGAAAAAGUUUCUUCCUAUAAAUAUGGUUUCGUUUCGAUAGCCAAUAUAUCCUAUUCGAUGGUGUAUUCGGUCAUUAAUAUAAUAAUCGACGCUAAUUCUCGAGUCGCGUGGGAAAUUUUUCGCGUGCAACAUCUAUGUUUUACCGCAAGAUGAAGGCGUUUACUCUUAUUUAAGCAAAACGCUUGUCUUCCAAGGAUCCCCGUGACAAACUUGACGGAACCGUCGAGAGAAUCUCAAGCGUUAAAAUAUUUAUACAAUGUAUUGUGGAAAGUAUCAGAUAGCUAGCGAAUAUCGAUAAGCAGGAGACGAGAUAUAGAAGAGUACUUUUCUUUUAUUAGACUGAAGGGGAACACUUGUCGAGUUGUUACAUGUUUGCGAGCUCUCAUGAGAUGACGAGAAGCGGAUUAGACCAGAAAGCGAUCAUAAUAUUCUAUAUAAAUGUGUAAUAAAACCGAGUCCAAAGAUGUUAUAUAUAUACUGCGCGUGUCGCCAGAGAAAGUCUGAAUAUGACGACGUGUCCUGUAAUAUAUAUAUACUUGGUAGGUUAAUCUUUAGUGUACCGUAGUAAUGUAAGUUGGUGUAAAUAGCAUAGUGUUAUAUAAUAUUUAGCGAGGGGAAGCAGGGAUGCACGAAGGAUAAGACAAAGAUUCAAUGUGAAAUGUUUAGGAUCACGCGGUUGACUCUCUUCGUGUCCAAUACGAUCGCGCUCCACCGACAUUUUACAGGUUUAAGAAUUAAAAAGAUUCGUUUCUUUUUUUUUUUAAUCGAGAUAAUAAAAGGGAAACAUUUCUAAUCGUACGAAAUGAUCUUUUCUAUUUUAAGCGCCUUGCUUUUAAGGGAUUUCUAUCGUCAAUCUGGUUCAGAUAAGUUAAAUUUUUACAAGAGAAAUUGAUAAUUUUAUUGAACUUUUGUUGAAUUUUAAUAAUGACAUAAUCAAGUACAAAAAAGAAUUUCUCCAAAAUUACGAUCGAGAUAAUAGUUUUUCACAAUAGUGUGAACCUUUUAAGCGUAUUCUCGCAUUUAUAAGUUACGAAAAACUCCAACUAUUAUACUCCAACUAUUUUUACGAACACACAUAACGAAUUUUAACUCGCAAGUAAGUUAUUGUUUUUUCAAUUUCAUCUUUAGUUUAUCCAAUAUUAUCAUCGGAUUCAUCCUUCGUUAUUUUAUCAAUAUCCGUAACUGUUAGUUUUAUUCUUGCGCAAUGUGUGUGAAAGGAACCUUUUUAGAUCGUACAUUAUAGAAUUCGAGGGCAAGGGCGAGAAGGAAGAAAAGCAAAUAAAAUUUUUCGCUACUUUAUAUGUCGGUACAGAAGAAGCGAUUGACAUUAUUAUCGUAAGUUUAUUCAUGUAUAUUACACAUAAAAAUACGUGUGUGUAUACACGACACACAUUCACGUACCCACGCAAAUAUAUGCUCUUGUCCAUUUGCAUGAGACUCGAGUCCUUUUACAAGUAUUAUAAAGGAACUGUAAUUCGCGUGCACGAUGUGUAUCGACGCGUUAGCAAAGAGGGCCUAAUUACCCAGGCACCGUUUUUGCGAUUGUCAAGUAUGCGGAAAACGAAAGAGUGCGCGAGAAAAGGAGAGAAUGUGAAAGAAUGCGAGUGUGUGUGUGUGUAUGCGUGUGUGCGUGCGUGCGUGCAUGCAUGUAAGAAAGUGAGAGAACGAGAGAGUAUCGAGAGUCAACACAGUACUUUUCUGGAUACUCGGAUCUCUAUCAUUAAUUACAUUCCAAACUUUGUCUUGCCGUGUUUCGUAGACCCUCGACACAUUUUCCACUUUUGACCGUUUAAGAAAAAAAGAAGAAAGAAAAGGAAUCCUCAUUUAAUGGCCUGCCAUUAAAUAUUGUUAUUGCUUAUUUUUUUCCUUUUUUAAUUGUUUUCUUCUUUUUUUUUAUUCAAAGACCAAUCUCGACAUCCACGAAAACUGUGUGACUCUUCGACGUUAAGAUCCAAUGAUCCCGAAGGAUCGGGAGGGAAUGUGGUCCAGCUCGGUCUUUCGGGACAAUGGGAAAAUUCAAUAUAUUUACUUCAUAUUCAAAUAUUAUAUCUCUUUGUACAUAUCCUAACGACUUUUAAACAUUAAUAUCCAACGUUCUCGAAAAAACUUUUAAGCGUAUUUACCGGUAACUAAGGUUCUUCAAAGUAUCAACAGUAUCAAAACUAAAUCAUCUUCUUUCUUCAGUUUUGACACGACAAAUCUACUUUUAUCUUCGUUUUUUUCUUUUGUCGUUUUUUUGCAUUUUAGACAUACCAGGCUCUAUGUGCAUUCCACAUGCAUUUAUUUAUUUACUUUUGGAAAGAAUAUCGGUGAAUUUUUAUCGAGGAUUUUGUAGAUAUGUGUGCUCUCUUUCCUUUUUUAUUUGUUAUAUAAUUAUUGGCACAUAUCUAACAAUUUUAAAAUAUAUAAGAACCUUUAAUAUAAAACAACAAAACUUUCAUAUAUAAUAUAAAAUAAAAUAUAUACGAAUUGUACAAGUGUUUUGGGUGUACUGCAGAAUUCUCGAUAAAAAUUCAAACUUUAAGUAUUUUGGCAAAUCCGUGUAACUUUAGUUAGCGAUACCAAUCAAGCGAAUUGAGGAAGCCUGGAUACGUUAGUUGAUUUUUGCUCUUUUUUUUCUUUUAGAGAAAUCUUGUUCGUAACAGUACAAUACAAGCAAGCGAGAAUGUUUCGAUAUUUCGGGAAACGAAAGUUAAGACGGGUCACACCUUUCUCGCUCAACGUCUCUUUCUUUUUUUUAUUUAUACCACGCCUUGUUCUGUUAUUUUAAUUAUUUAUAACCCCGAGAUAUUCGGCUAUAUAUAUAUAUAAAACGCGGAUAGCAAACAACAGAAAAUCUUUUGUAUUUAAUUUGUUUAAUAAAACUUGAAUCAUAGUACAAAAAAAAUGUCUCCCGUCUUUUCAGUUUCGUUCGUUCGUUUAUUGAUCCUAUCCCGCAUCGAGAUCCAUCCCCGCGCUUAUUUAUUAACGCUUUACAACAGUACAAAGACCAACACCUUAACAAAAUUCUUCAAGAUAUAUGUACAGGCUACUUUGCGUGAAAUGACUCUGUCGCACGUUUUGAAAAGGCAGAAGAACCAAUGUGGAGAACAUAUGUAUUUAAAAAAAACCUUUAUCGAUAUAUAUAUAUAUAUAUAAUACGGAAAAACAACACAUAUCUAAAGGAUAUCGUCGAAAUGUCUCUAGAGACAAUAAUAAUUUUUUCUUCGACAUUCUUCAGAUGUACUCUGUUUUUCUGGAAUUUUUGCAAAAGGUUUUAAACUUAAAGUAUCCCUUUUUAUAUAUCGGUUGCUUUAUCCCUGAUAUCUUUUGAUAGAUGCGAUUGUGUCACUUUACGCCCUGUAUCACUAUUUUGUAUAAACGUACAUAGAAUUUCGAGCAUAUGUUCAAGUUUCGAGUUUUAUUUCCAUUAGUACACCGCUACGUAUGGUAUUUUAACGACAACAAUAUAGAUACAAUUUCUAGAUUAAUUAUGUCAAUAUAAUAUAUUUAUUUUGAAAAGUCGAGCACUUUUCGAAAGGACCACGAGAAGCUCAUUAAUUUACCUCGUUAAUACGUUUGUCCUUGGAAUUAUCGCGUUUUUAAAAAGAACAACUGGACGAAUGUUAAUUAUAAUCGGUACCGUGCGUAGCGGAUCAUUCGUUGGAACAAAGUUGAUAGGUGAUACUACCGCUACUAUUUUGUACGAUACGAUGUUUUGUAUAAUCUGUCUACCGUAUGUGUAGAUGCGGAGAGUCUACCGAUUAUUAAAUAUAAGUAAAAAUACAUAUUUCGAAUACACGCAUAUUUAAGAUUACCAUUUGUAGACUUACGCGGGGCUCGUGUCAGCUGUACCCGCCAAGAGUCGCGCGCAUACGUGUUUUAGUCUCAUUUAAUGUACACCUGUAAAUCCCUCCCAGCAAACACAAUAUAUGAACAAUUAAAGGAUUGGUAAAGAA